AUGUGUGGCAUCAGUGCCAUCUUGCUUGGCGACGUCAAGGCUACCACGGCGGCUGUGGAGCUCCAUGAGAGCAUCUACUACCUUCAGCACCGCGGACAGGAUGCUGCAGGUAUCACAGUAUGCCAGGGCGGGCGGCUCUACCAGAUGAAGGGCAAUGGCAUGGCCUCAAAGGUCUUUCAGGAGCCUGCACUGCUGGCUGACAAUCUGCCGGGCUAUGAAGGCAUCGCGCAUGUCCGCUACCCGACUGCUGGAACCUCGUCUGCUUCCGAGGCCCAGCCUUUCUAUGACAGCCCCUUUGGACUAAGCUUGGCUGUCAAUGGCAACCUUGUCAACAGUGAAGAGCUUCGCGUCUUUCUUGACCUCGAGGCCCGCCGUCAUGUUAAUACAGACUCGGACUCUGAGCUACUCCUUAAUGUGUACGCCCACGCUCUCCAUGAGCUCGGCAAGGCUCGUGCCAAUGCCGACGACAUUUUCGCCGGCCUCCGUGACGUCUAUACCCGCUGCAAGGGUGGCUUUGCCUGCGUCGCCAUGAUCACUGGUUUCGGCAUCCUCGGAUUCAGGCAUGUACCCUGCUGCGGAGACGAAAAUGGUAUUCGCCCACUUUGCCUUGGAUCUCGCCCUUCUUCCACCGUUCAAGGCGCACUGGACUACUUUAUGGCCUCCGAGUCCGUCGCUCUCACCCAGCUCGGCUUCACCAACAUUGUCGACAUCCUGCCAGGACAAGCCGUCUUUAUCCAAAAGGGUGGCAAGCCACAGUUUCGCCAGAUUGUCCCCAUGAAGUCCUAUACUCCUGACAUCUUUGAAUUUGUCUACUUUUCUAGACCUGACUCUACUUCUGAUGGCAUCUCUGUUCAUCGUAGCCGUCAGAAUAUGGGCUACAAGCUGGCUGACAAAGUCAAGGAGAUUUUGGGUGAAAAGGGAGUCGAUGAGAUUGAUGUUGUAAUUCCCAUUCCCGAGACAAGCAAUACAUCAGCUUCUGUCCUGGCUAGUUGCUUGAACAAGCCGUUGUCGAAUGCUUUCGUCAAGAAUAGAUACACUUUCAGAACAUUCAUCAUGCCCGGUCAAAAAGCCCGCCAACAGGGUAUUCGCAGAAAGCUUUCGCCCAUUCAGGUCGAGUUUCGAGACAAGGUCGUCCUUUUGGUCGACGAUUCCAUUGUCCGCGGCAACACAUCAAGAGAGAUUGUCUUGAUGAGCAGAGAAGCUGGCGCCAAAAAGGUCAUCCUGGCCUCGUGCUCCCCAGAAAUUACACAUCCGCACGUCUACGGCAUUGAUCUUGCGGACCCUGGUCAACUUGUUGCCCAUGGCAAGACAAGACAGCAGAUUGCCAAAGAGAUUGGCGCUGACGAGUUGAUAUACCAGUCUCUUGACGACCUCAAGGCCGCGUGCCUCGAGGCUAUUGAAGGCGAAACCCAAAUCAAGGAUUUCGAAGUUGGCGUCUUCUCGGGCAAAUACCAGACCGACGUGCCCGAGAGCUACUUCCAGCACCUCAGCGAGCUGCGCGCCAGCAAGGGCCAGAAGCGUAAGCCGGCCGACGAAGCCGGCCCCGACUCCAAGAAGCUGACCGUCGUCGCCAACGGCGGGCCCGUCAACGUACGGUCCUCGGAGGCGACGGAGCGCGAGCCCAUGACGAGUCAGGAGGACAUUAGCCUCCACAACUUUGCUACUAGUCGGUAA